CAAUCUAAUAAUCUCUUUGUAAUUUGAGGAAUCAUAACUAAGAUGGCUCCAAUGGGAGACAAUGUUGUUGUGUCCAACAUAGAACUGGAAAAGUUACUUAGCAUGAAAGGAGGCAAAGGAGAGUCCAGUUAUGCCAACAAUUCCCAAGCACAGGCAAUGCAUGCCAAGUCUAUGCUUCACCUGUUGAAGGAAACCCUAGAUAGAGUUCAGCUUCAUGGUUGUUCCGAUGAUAAUGAAAUCCCAUUUGUGGUGGUGGAUUUAGGUUGUUCAUGUGGCAACAACACCAUUAACGUUGUUGAUGUCAUCAUAAAGCACAUAAUCAAGCGCUAUGAGGCUUUAGGGUUCAACCCACCUGAAUUUUCAGCUUUUUUCUCUGACCUUCCCAGUAAUGACUUCAACACACUCUUCCAGCUUCUUCCGCCACAUCUCUCCAAUGAUAACGGCGGAGUUAGCAUGGAAGAGUGUCUUGCUGCCAACAACCACCGCUCGUACUUUGCGGCCGGAGUCCCCGGUUCCUUCUAUCGGAGACUUUUUCCGGCGAGAUCUGUUGAUGUUUUUCACUCGGCCUUUUCUUUGCAUUGGUUGUCUCAGGUGCCAGAAUGUGUGGUUGAGAAAAGGUCAAGUGCAUAUAACAAAGGAAGGGUAUUCAUCCAUGGAGCAAAUGAAAGCACAGCAAAUGCAUACAAGAAACAAUUCCAAAGAGACUUGGCAGGGUUUUUGAGUGCAAGAUGUGUGGAGAUGAAGAGAGGUGGGUCCAUGUUCUUGGUCUGCUUGGGAAGAACUUCUGUGGACCCCACUGACCAAGGUGGUGCUGGCCUUCUCUUUGGGACCCACUUUCAGGAUGCUUGGGAUGAUCUUGUCCAUGAGGGAUUAAUAAGCAGUUCAAAAAGGGACAGUUUCAACAUUCCAGUGUAUGCACCAAGCUUGCAAGAUUUCAAGGAAGUAGUUGAAGAAAAUGGUUCAUUUGUGAUAAACAAGAUUGAAGUGUUCAAAGGAGGGAGCCCCCUUGUUGUUAACAAGCCAGAUGAUGCAAUUGAAGUUGGAAAAGCAUUUGCCAACAGUUGCAAAAGUGUGUCCGGUGUGCUUGUUGACGCUUUCAUUGGUGACAAACUCAGUGAAGAAUUGUUUCUUAGAGUUCAGAAAAGAGCCACCGCACAUGCUAAAGUCUUACUUGACCAGCUUCAAUUUUUUCACAUUGUUGCAUCCCUUUCUUUUCCUCAAUCACAAUAA